ACUAAUUAAUGAUUAACGGGGGUGCUCUGCUUAAUGCUGCCUAAUGAUACUGAAGAGAAGAAGGAGCAAGCAAGGCACAGCAAGAUCCUUUUUGUAGCACUAAACAGUUAAAAGGAAAAUGAACCCCACCUUCUCCUUGUGUUUAUUGCUGGCUGGUUUGUAUACUAUUGCCCAGUGUCAUCAGCAUCCUCGCUACCGCAAUAAGCAGGAUGAUCCUAAAGGGACAUAUUACCCAGGACGCAGUUCUCACGGGGAAGGAGUUUAUCCAGUUAACAAAACCUUUGUCAAACUAGUUCCCAGCAAUGCUGACUUUGCAUUUUCAUUUUACAAGCUGGUCGCAUCUGAAGCAACAGAUCAAAAUAUUUUCUUUUCACCCAUAAGCAUCUCUGCUUCCUUUGCAAUGCUGGCACUUGGUGCCAAGUCAGCGACACUGACGCAGAUUCUGGAAGGGCUUGCCUUUAACCUGAAAAAGACUCAGGAGCAGGAAAUACAUGAAGGCUUUUGCCAACUCCUCCACAUGCUGAACCGUUCAGACAGUGAGCUCCAGCUGAGCCUGGGCAAUGCCCUUUUUAUAGAAGAGACGCUAAAACCACUACAGAAGUUCUUGGAUGAUGUCAAAAGCUUUUAUGAAUCUGAAGUCUUUUCUACUGACUUCAACAACUCCUCUGGUGCUGAGAAUCAGAUCAACAGUUACAUUGAGGAAAAGACAAAUGGGAAAAUUGUUAAACUGGUGGAAAAUCUUGAUCCUCUCACUGCAAUGGUUCUUGUUAACUAUGUCUUCUUUAAAGCCCAUUGGGAGAAACCCUUCAGUACUUCAUAUACAAAACAGGAGGAUUUUUUUGUGGACCAGAAAACAUCUAUAAAAGUUGACAUGAUGUAUCGAAAAGGUUACUACAGAAAUUACUUUGAUGAAGAGCUGUCCUGUUUGCUGGUUCAGAUACCUUACAAUGGAAAUGCUGCAGCAUUAUUUGUUUUGCCCGACGAAGGGAAGAUGAAGCAGGUGGAAGAUGCUCUCUUGAAAAGGACUGUAUCUAAAUGGGAAAAGUUCCUCCAAGACAGAAAAAUACAUCUGCACAUUCCAAAAUUUUCUAUUUCUGGUACCUAUGAUGUGAAAAGGAUAGUCAAACAAGUGGGUAUGAUUGAUCUAUUCACUGAACAAGCUGAUCUGUCAGGGAUUACUGAGGAGCCUGGACUGAUGGUUUCAAAAGUGAUCCACAAAGCCGUGCUGAAUGUUCAUGAGAAUGGCACUGAAGCAGCAGGGGCCACAGUGAAGGAAGUUACCUGGAGAUCUGGCGAUUUUCCUCACCCGCCUCGAGUCAGAUUCAACAGGCCCUUUCUCCUCAUGAUUCUGGAUAAAUACACCCGCACCGUCCUCUUCAUAGGGAAAAUUGUAAACCCUCUGAAAAAUAACUGAUUGACCAGAGGACAUGCACUUACGCACAUUGCUGGCUAAAUUCCCAUGAUCCAGCAAAACAUUUGUGUGUGCAUACCACAAUGUACUAGUGCUCAUCUUUCAAUCAUUAUCCUUAUAUACAUUAUUAAUCCCUGAAAACACAGAAACUAUUUUUCCUUGUCCAAAAGUCACUGGUAUUUCCUCCAGUCUACAGCCAGGUAUAGUUGGUAGUGUUAAUGAAAGACAAGUCACUUUUCACCAGUUUUGUAACAAGCCCUUCCUGACAUGCUCCCAUGGGGUAUUUGAGAUGGUUCAAAGUCUCUGGAUGAUGUAGCUAUUGCUGUACACUCACGGUGUGUGUACAGGAGAGCGGGAGAAGGGAAGCAGGGAAAAGGAGGUGCGAGGUAUAAGUCCUGCCUGUUUAAUCCGCUAACCUUUGAUGACUAGUCUUAAAUGCAGAUUCCCUUACUAUCGAAGUGAAUUUCCAUUAAUUUCUUUGGUUUUUAACCAAGUAUGGCGUGAAGCUGCAGGAUCAGUGACUAGGACACUGGAGGACACGAUGUAAAGGGUUGAUGAGUGCAGCUGGUUUAGCUUGCCUCCCUCUGUCUCCUCCUCAGUGGAAGCCCUUCUCAUGAAGACAAGAAAGUUGUUUUUGAUUUACAAAUAAUGUUUAUUCUACUAAGGAAGGAAGACAUACAAGCAAAAAGACUUUGUUUUAUCUUGCUAAUAUAGCUAUUAUUGCCCUGAGAUAAGUGUGGUGGAGCAGUCCGUGACAUAGCACCAGUUUCCUUUUUAUGGAUUUGUUGUCACUGUCAUUUCUCUUUUCUCCUACUGAUGCCACCUUCGCUAUCACACUUUUCAGCUAGAUUUGUUAGACUGUGGUAGAAAAGAGGAGGAAUGAAAAAUUAUAACUCCAGAGAGUUUGUGUUUCCUCAGUAGGAACAGCAGCUUUCCUAGGGACUGUUAACCUGCUUUAAACUAUCAUAGACACACAUACAAAAUGCAGGUGAUAUUUGAGAAGUCACCUUUCUAAAUGUUAACAGUGGAUUACUGUUACAGAGUAAAAACAUAUUGUGAAUUGACAUUUGUACCUUUUCACUUAAGGUUUCUCGAGUCUAACUUAUUGCUAUUGUGUUGUUUUAUACUGACUCAAUUGAUAGGAUUUUAACAUACCAGCUACACUAGAUAGUUGUGCGGUUAUGAAAGGAAAGAAACACAAAUCAGUAAAUAUUUAAAUUAUUUUAUUAUUUUUUCUUUAAUUUUUUAAACCAACAUCCUUAGCAUGGCUUAUUAAAAUACAGAAAGCCAAUGAAAGCAUUUAAAUUACAGAUUGAUUAAAUCUCUUGCUAUAGAGUAUUUCAAACCAGUAGAAAAAAAUGUAAAAAGCCUCUUAAAAUGUCUGUGAAAAAUAUAACCUAAAAAUUAUGCUGAAUAUUUCUAAAAUAUAAUUGUCUUGAUUGGUUUGGGGAUCUUUAUUUUCUCUGACAUUAAAUUAAUGCUAUCAAUAUUAGUAAAUUGUAGCUGUAAGUAUACAAGUAAGGAAUAUAAGGAAUAACCUUUCCAUGUCUAUCUGCUAGCCAUGUAACACUUGACAUUCACUCUCAAAGCCCUCUUGAAAAUCAUGUAAACCAUUGACAAAAGUUUCUUACUCAUAACUGUAUUUAGUCUGUUCAAUAUUUAGUAACAAACAGUUGGCUUCAUACCUCUAAACAUAAAAGGACUUAGUCUUGGUGCAAUACAGAUAAACCGAUUCUACAGAAGAUCAUUUAAAAGUUCUUGGCAAAUCUCAGGGCUAAUUCAGGACAGCAUGCCAAAGGCCAGCUUUGCAAUGACAAAUGACUCCGUAGGCAAAUACCAAGAGACUUUAUGUUUGUUGUUCCUCACGGACCUCAGAUCAAUAGUCUCUGUUUGUUAGUAGGAAAAAAUAUCUAAAUGAUAUUUUGCCAAUCAGAUCUCACUUUGAGAGGUAACCUUGUUGCUCAACUCAUUUGAAAGUGGGUGGAGAAAAAUCAAGCUGAAUUAAGAACUAGAUAAUGCAAAAAUAUCAUAUUUGUAGGCAGUCAUCUUCAAAUGGGAGUAGGGACCCCAUACAUGCAUCUUGCCUUGGUUUUCUUUCUAUUUUGACGAAAAUCAGGGAAUGCCUCUCGAUGAAAUGUGCAGCAGACAGCAAAUUUAUGCUCUAAAUAAUGGGUACAAAUGGAUUGCACAACCCCACCAAAGCUGAGCCUUAAGGUUGUCACAAAUCCAGUGCAGCCAUGGUUUAUUCAGGACAGUGUUUCUUCUUUCAAUCUGCUGGGUUUUUUGCUUCUUCAUUCCUGGAUUUUUGUUUCUUGGUUUGCUUGCUGACUGAAUUUCGUGACCAAGAAGCCUCAGUGUAACAGAGGAAGGACUUUCCUUCUAGCUAGUCAAGAGUUUCUGCUGCUGUGUGCAAGUACUGUGGUGCGCCACUUCAAUGCAGUGACGUUGCUGGAGGAUGGAGCUGGCCUGAUGAACCACCUGAGGGACAAAAUGCAAAGGACAUCUUCUAACCCAGCCUGCACUGAAUCCUACGCACAAAUCUGUUAUGGGAGUGCAUGCAACUAUGCGUGCACAGGAGCUGCAGCCUCAGCACUGCCUAAGUGGACCCUAAGAGAAAUCUGUGAUGGUAUGGCUGAAAGUAGUCUUCUGUAAAGGCUGUUUUAAGUUAACAGCCAUAGGAGAAGAAUUGCCAGCACAGCAGAAGCUUUGGAACAACACACACCGAGCCGCUAGCUUUCUGAAAUAACGAGAAAAGGAAAAUACGCAUUGUGGGAAUAACAGUAAACUGUGUAUUUGUUGUCAUAACCAGGAAGGAAAUAUCUAAAGAAGUGAAACAAAGUCUAAAAGCAUAAAUAAGGAGCUCAGAAACCAGGAUUAAUCCAUGGUGGAGAGAGAUUUAACCCUUACGUACAAACUAUGUGAAGUUCAAAAGACAUUGUAAGAAAACUAGCAGGAAUUUUGAAUAGUGCUACAGAUCAUAAAAGAAGGAACAAGCAAAAAGAUGCGAAGUGUAUAUGGGUGUGGGGGCAGAGAGGGAAAUAACAUGCUUGAAGUAAAUCAAAGAAAAUAACAUAUUUCAAACAGCCAGUGGUUAGCGCCAAUGCGCAGGUCUGUCAUUGUUCCCAGUGCUGUGCUGUAUCUGCUAGGAAGAAACUAAAGGCAUAUAACAUAAGCAACAGCCUUAAAGGUCAUAGGGUGAAAAGCAAAUUGCAUAUUCUGCUGGAAAGACCUACUAAUGCUCUGUUAAAUGUAAGCACAAAUAAGAACCCAUAUUUUGACAAUGGUAGAAGGCACAGACUGCUUAAUGACAAAAAUCCCUGACAAAGCUGAGGCCUAUAGUUCUGAUGUCAGUGUAUCCUCAUCAAACAGGUGAUAUCAUAGAAUCAUACUAUAAUUUAGGCCCUUUGCAAAGUAAUCACCUUUUAAAUUGUUUUCUAAUGUAUAACAACUAAAUAGUCA